AUGCGCAGGUGAGCGAACGUACACGAGCGUCGCUCAAUUUGUUCAAUCGUAUUCGGCGAUCGCAGCCAAGAACGGUUUUCAACCCAGCCAACAUUGCGUAUACGCAGCGUGCACCGUGACCUUAAAAACCAACCCAAAGCCGAUAAUAACCGAACAAUUGCAAGUGAAGUGGAAACCUUUAAACGAAGAGACCCAGGAAAACUCGGAGAAAGAGCGUACUUGGCACAAAGAUAAGGCUUAUCUGGAGAGGAUCGGCCCCCCUCCGACCAGCCAAAAUGGCCGACGAAGAUCUCAGCCCACUGCCCUUCCGGCGGGAGCGCAAUCUGAGCAACCGCAACUUCGCCAAGAGAAACUCGCGCCGCCGGAUAAGUCAGCAGGCGGCGGAGCAGGAGCGGCAUAGCAGUUCGCCGCUCGCCAGUAGCAAUCCGGAGUCCAACGACGCCGCACGGAUCGAUAGCCCCCUGAGCAGCUCCAGCUCCAGUUCGUUUCAGCUCUCGAUUUCCGUGAAUUCCGAUACGGAGAGCGCCUUCCAGCGCCGCUCGCUGCUCAAAAUGCACGCGACGGAAAGCGGAGGCGGUGGUGUGGAAGACCCUCCGGAGUCGCCCAUGUCGCCGCAAACCCCGGAUCCCGCCCUCCUGGAUGUCCGACAGAAGGUGCAUCGCUUCGAGACCCUGAAGACAAACAUUAGCUUUUUGAAGCAGGAGCGGCACAGUCUUAAGUUGCUCGAGAAUCGUCGUCAUCCCUCCUUUGAGGAUUAUGCCGGGGAUCGUGGCACGCCGCCGGUCACGCCCCCACGUCGCAUACGCCUCGUGGGACUGGGCAGCAGUCGCAGCAGCUCCAUACCCAGCAUUCAAGGUCGGGAGAGCAUUCACGAGGUGCGAUCCGAGGACGAAGUGGAUCAGAUAUCGGACUUUGAAACGGAUUCACAGGCAGCCGCCGAGGAGUAUGUGAUUUCGGACACCAUCUCGGAGGUGAUCCUGCCAGUCAGUCAGGAGGUCGGGGAGGAGUCGCCAAGCAACCAGCAGACCCAGGUGCAGCGUUCCAUUAGCGCGGAUCAGUCCAAGGAAGAGCCCACAUUGCCGUUUAAAAUGCGCAACGAUUUCCCCAGAAACUAUCGCUCUACGCCGAGACGAAAGACUGAAAUCAUUGGCACUACCAACGAGCAUGUGGUGGGCAAGUUUCACUCAGUCUAUCAGCCAAAAGAGGAAGAGGAGGAAGUCGAGAUUGAGCUGCGCGACAAAAGCGACAAGUGCGUGCAUCCCAUUCUGGAGGAGCUGAUCAAAACGGAGGAGGCCUAUGUGAAUAACCUGUUUAUGGGUAUCGAGAACUAUGGAAACAUCUUCCAGCGCAAGGACCUGCCACUGGGCCUUCGUGGCAAGAAGUACGAUCUGUUUGGUAACAUCGAGCAGAUUGCAGAGUUCCAUCGGGAUGAGUUCCUGCCUAUGUUGCAUCGCAACCGUCGAGAUCUUAAGUGUUUGUUCGAUGAGUUUCUGCAGUUCCUAGAUCAAAACUGCUUUUACGGAUAUGUUAUCUUCACCAUGAACAAGCAAAAAUCCCUCAAACUGUGCGAUCUCUACAAAAACUACUUCACUAGCAUUCGCCUGGAACGCGAUGAUAAGUUGGGCAUCAAUAGCUUUUUGGUUCAACCCAUCCAACGCAUGGCUCGUUAUCCUUUGCUCCUGACGCAGUUCAUCAAUACCUUCUUCAAGAACCGUGAUAUAGUGAUGAAGCCACUAAUUGAGUCCUGCUGCCGUUUGGAGAAGCGCCUGCGUUUCCUGCUGACCACCACCAAUGAAUCGGAGAUCAUCAAUGACAUAGUGGACUGUCAUGAGUUCAACGUCUACUAUCAGGGCAAAUUCCGCAAGGUGAACGAGUUCCUGGUGCUCGAUCACAAGCUAAAGCGCAGCUACCGGAGCAAGGUUUUCAUUUUCGACAAGUGCAUCAUCUACACGGAGAUCAAAGGCAAGAAUCUGAUCUUCCAUGGACGUUAUCCUUGCGAGCACAUUGGCAUCUCGGCCAAAACCAAGUCAUUUACGCUCUACUAUGAGCGGAGGAAGCAGCAGGAAUGUGAAUUCACCGCGGAUCCGGCGCAAAUUGCCGCCUGGCUGGACUUAAUCCGGGAUAUGAUCAACAACUUUGCGAACGAGGAGCGCCAGAAGCUGCAGGAGCGCUAUUCCCGAGAGAACGAUCACCUGCAUCGCAAGGCUCCCAGUUUUUCGCUAUAUCGCGACUCGAAUCGCUUCAGUUCAGACAGUGGCAUCGGUAACAUCUGGAUAAUGCCUAAGCCAGACGAAGAGACAAUCAGCAACAGGACUACUUGGUAUGCGGCCUCGUAAAGCAAAAAAUAGCAACACAUGGAGAUAAUCUUCUUCAGGUUAUGGAAAAUGGGCAAAUGGGAACCUAAUCCCUUGUCCAAGGCGGUCAAUAUUUGAGGGCCACUAAGCCAAUUCAAAUUCCUGCUCACAAAAAAAUGUGGCAAAAGGAGAUUGCAAGCCAAAAUCUUUCGAUUUGAAUGCUAAAUAACCAAAUAUUGAAUUAUAAGUUUAGUUGGUUAGUCAAGUUGUGUAUAUAUUCCUGUAUUAUUGUUGUCACAAAUUGCAAUUCGUUAAACGUUCUCUUGUGCCUAGCUUGUUAAGCUUAUUUUGUUUUGUGUAAAUAUUGACUAAAGAUAAUGUUUAAAAUAAAUAAAAUGAAAAGGUAUACAAAAUAUAUGAAAGUAAUUUGUUAUUGGAAUGUUAACUAAGGCAAUGUAUCUGUUUUGUUUUAGCCAAUGCCAUAAGUAUAUCUUUGUAAGAAACGCAAGUAAGAACAUAAAUGCCUUAGCUCAAAUCUCAGCAUUCUUCUGCUGAAUUUUAUAUUUUAUUGAUAGCUCUUUGUUAAUUUAAACAGUCACCAACAUUUUUGUAUUAAGUAACUCAUUAAGAAAACCAUGAUUCUGAUUUUACGUUGAUUAUUAAUUCCCACACAUAUUCAUUAAGGAAAUAUUUGUGCACAAUAUUUUAGAAAUAUCCGACACUUCCUUCCACUUUUCGCCAGCGGAAUCACACGCUUCAGAGACGUCAAAACAAAUGAAUCUAUCAUGAAAAGGUCGCACGCCAUCGGCGUUGUCAUGAGAAGCAGACGUGAGGCAGCUGUUAUGCAUCCACCGCCCGAGAUCCCCGAUCUCGAAUCCAUCCAAUCCACCUCAUCACUCUUAAUAUUGUUAAUGAUACGACACGCAAUACUCAAAACAGCGGAACAACUUGUUUCUGACUGCCACUGUGACAUCACUAAGAAAAUGUAUAAAAAUAAACAAAUGGCGCAUAAAAAUAAA